AGAAACCCCACCGGGCCACCGGACUCCUCCCCCACCGCAGAACACCGGACUACAGCAGCAGCCAAAGGAGCGGAGGCGGCGACGACGCGCACAGGAGGAGAAGAUGGGCGACCAGAGCCUCAGCCUCGGCGUGCUCAUCGACGUCGUCGACGAGCAGUGGAUGCGCGACACCCUCCCCGCCGACGAUAUACCCUUGCCGCCGCAGAUGACCGUGAAGACCGAGGAAACCGAGGAUCCUGCGCCCGCAAAUCAGGAAAGCCAGCCCGCACAAGGGGAUGUAUGGCGGGAUUUUGCCAUGGAGAAUAUCUAAACGUGUAUGAUCUACGCGGUAAGUGCUUCCAGAGAUGAAGAUGCUAUGCUGGAAAUCUGCAAGCGGCAUGGUGUAUUCUGGCUUCUAAACUCUGUAGAUAUUCUUAAAUUCACCUGAUAAACUUGGUGCACUGUCUGGUUGAACUGUAGUUUGUCCAGGUCGUGUGUAAAUGCUCCAAAUAUUGGUAGAAUGAUGGUAUGAACAUCGUCAGAAGCUGUAGUCUGUGUCACGUUCUUAAUUUUGAAGGUGAUAAUUUGAGCCAUUUGGUUAUAUGCACAGAUUGUGUUAUGGAUUAAGAUUGCAAAUUGCAGACUUUUGAUUGUAUCGGAUUCACUUGAUUUUCUGCGAGUAAAUGAGACGCAUGGUUGUGUUAA